AUGUCUACCAAGCCUGCCGAGUCACUGGCCACACCAUCAAAUGCUUUUGAGCAGUCUGAUGUCUGCAAACGCUCGGGAACAAGCCCCAAUGUGCAACGGGUGGUGGCGAAGGAUGGCUUGCACGCCCUGCUGGGUAAUGCCUUGAGGCGCGUGAGCAAGGUGGACAAAAAGCGUGCCAGGGAAGCUGCCAGGCAAAAGUACAGCCAUGAUGGUGGUGGAGAUGGGGAGAUGGUCAUGGGUUUCACCGAUGAUGGGGAUGAAAUGGGAGCAAGAGAGAGUACUGGGGGUGGGAAGGACAAGAGGCGCAGGACAGGCAGAGUGUGCCCCAUGUGGGACAUGCCCAAUGUGAAGGGCAUGAAAACAGGCAUCUGGGCGGACGAUGAAACUGAGGCCCUUGAACGGGCACUUGCGGCAAUCGCGACAGAGUGUGGCAUACCCGAUGAGGAACUAUGGACAGAGUGGAUGUUUAAUCGGAAGGGGCAGAAGCACUCGGGUGGGGCUAAGGGGAUGUGGUACAGGAUCCAUAAGGACUACAUUCCACACAGGAAGCCAAGGCACAUCUACGACAGGGCAAAGGCGUUGGUGUUCAAGAAAGCAUACAAACAGGGCAGUUGGACAGCUGAGGAGGAUGCUAAGCUCACGGAGUUGAUCAGUCAAUGGGGCUACCAAUGGAGGAAGAUCUCUGCUGAACUGAGCCGCUCACACCCCAGUUGCAAGUAUCGAUGGAGGUGGAUACAGCAAGGCCUGCCAAAGACAAACAGGUGGAGUGAGCAGGAGAGCCAGAAACUUCAGGAGAUCGUGUUGGAGUACCUGUGGCUGGUGGACGAUGUAAUGCGGGGACGAGAGGAGCACAGCGAGCGCUUGCAGCUGGAGUACUUCACCCUGGAAGAGGUGGCAGACUCCCUCAAGAGGAAGCUGAGCUACAAGUCAGACGAUCGGCAGGUACGGGAUGACAUCAACUGGGACCUUAUCGCAUCCAAGAUGGAAACACGGAAUGAGCGACAGUGCCUGCGAGAAUGGUACACGUCAAGUAUGCCGUCAAUGGUUGAAUGUGGUCAGUGGGGAAAAGGCGAAGACAAAUGGCUGCUUGCGUCUUUGUACUUCGCUGGGGAGAGCCAGGAGUCGGAUGUCUGCUGGGACGACCUUGUGCCUGGCCGAACAGCGUCACAGUGCCAGAAGCGCUGGCGGCUGAUGUGCAAGGCGCUGCAUGGCGGCCGCAAUGUGGAGUUCACGAGCAAGGUAGAGACACUCCUAGAGUCGUUCGUCCCUCGCCUGGCUUCGCUCAUCAAGGAGCUGGAAUCGACGCCCGGG